AUGGUCCGUAGUCUCACGAUGAAGGAGCUGAGCUACCGACCACGUGCUAUGCUAUGUAGAUAUUUCAUAACCUCAGUUUACAUCAUAUUUAUGUUUGUAAUGAUUUCGUGGUUGGUAUCCUACACACCCGGUAAUGUCAUCAAUGCAAUGCGAAAGAUGGGUUGGGAUUCAGACGUUGAUUAUAUCCAUGUUGUUACAGCCACCGAUUCGAACUUUUUUCCAGGUGUAGCUGCUCUGGUUAAUUCGUUGCGCAUUUCAACUCACGUGCCGGAAAGAAUCAAAAUUCAUGUACUCGUCUGUGGAGAUGAAUAUGACGUCACAGGUUUGCGUGAAUAUCUCGAAUGUCACGGAAUCAAAGAGUCACAUCUGUUAGAAUUAGUUCGUUUUGAUACUAACUUUUUAGACGAAGAUCUUAUAUCAUCAUGGGAAGGCAUGUUUGUCGCUAAGCGACUUAGAAGCAGUUGUAACUACGCCAGAAGCUACCUGUACAGGUCAUUUCCUGAUUUGAAGAAAGUUAUUUAUUUGGAUUCUGACAUUGUUGCUAAGCAACCGAUAGAGUCGUUAUGGAGGUUAGCAUCUCAAUUGAACGGCGUGCCAUUACUUGCUGUGGAUAACAAUAGGACAUAUAUCGAUGAUAAAGUUGAUGUUGAUACUGUGUCAAAAUUAUAUUUCAAAAGGUACGGUCGCCAUUUUGACCCAACACUGACUGUGUUUAAUGGAGGUGUAUUGGUCAUGGAUUUGGAUUUUUUCAGAAAAUAUCACUUAAUCGAUGAAGUUGAGUUCUGGAUUGAUCAGUACGAUCAGUCGCCAGUUAGAUUAUGGAGAUUUGACUGCCAAUCUAUCUUUCAUAUUAUUUACCACGAGUUUUGGGGAAAACUCAACCAUAAAUGGAACUGCAAAGGGCUCGGACGUGACAUGGGACGUGAGCAGGAUUUAAUAGACAGCGGUGCUUUGUUACAUUGGUCGGCAGCAAAUAAACCAUGGAAUGGAGAAGGCCCAUAUGUCGAAUUAUGGAAACAGUACAAGCCGGCAGAAUGCUCAUUACAUGGACAGUGUCAUCAUAAUCCAAAUGCUACCAUAUAUGGAUAUUAUAAUUGCGUUGCUACUCUCAUCAAUUCAAUACAACAAUCGAGCGAAGACCCCAAAAAGGUUAAAAUUCACGUAUUAGUUUGUGGCAAAGGAAGUGACGUCACAGCAUUGCGUGAAUAUCUACAGUGCUAUGGGAUUAAUGAGACGCAUUUGAUUGAACUUGUUCAUUUUGAUGCAUCGUUUUUGGGAGAAGAUUUAAAGAAGGCCUGGCAAAGAAGUUUUUCAAUAAAGCGACUGACAAGUGAUUGCAACUAUGCACGAACGUAUCUGUAUAGACUAUUUCCUGAUUUGUCCAGAGCUAUCUUCUUGGACGCUGACGUGGUUGUUAAGCAACCAAUUGAGAUACUUUGGAGAACUACACUUGCACACCAGGCGCCAUUAUUUGCUGUGCCAAUCAGUAGAACAUAUAUUGAUGACGACUUUCUGACUGAUGUCGUCUCACCUUUAUAUGCACAAAGGUAUGGCAAACCAUUGUUAUUGACGGACCACCUUUUUAAUGCUGGUGUGAUGGUGAUCGAUUUUGAGUUCUACCGGAAGUAUAAUCUAAUUGAUGAGAUGGAAUUCUGGUUGAAGCAGUCCAACAAGUCCUCAGAAAGACUUUGGAAAUAUGACAGUCAGUCUAUAUUUCAAUUGACUUACCACGGAUUAUGGACCAGACUUGACAGUAAAUGGAACUGCAAAGAUUUAGGGGGUCAGGAACAACAACAAGAACUCAUUGACAAAGCUUCUAUUCUUCACUGGUCAGCACCUCCUAGUUCAAUAACACAAGAAGAAGUUCAAGAACAAGUAUACGGUAGCCCUAUAGCUCCGAAGUGCAUAUUAACUGAGUAA